GUUUGAACUGAGCAGCAGCAGCUUAUUUAUUCGUUAACCGUUGCUCCAGGUUUCUGUAAUCAAUUUUCAUAAUGCAGUACGGUGGUUACGGUGGUUACGGUGGUGAUUCACCACCAUCUUCUUCGGCUUUUAUUAAGCCAAAAGAGAGAGUUACAACUGAACAAAAACAAUGUAUAUUUGAGUUUGUUAUGGACAAUCCAGAAAUCAUAACACAUGAUUCAACCCCUGAACGAGAGAAAGUAUUAUGGGAAUUACUGACAAUGAAACUUAAUCGUCUCACACCUGUCAAGUCCAUAGAUGCAUGGAAAGUGUUCUUGCAAAGGUGGCGAAAAUCUUCUCGCUCAAAUGAUGAAAAUAAUUUGAAAGGGAUUGAUAUAAAAUUUAAAAAGUAUUUGUUACGGCUCGAUGCAACUUUCAAUGGUACAAGGAAAACUCAAACUAUCAAAGAAAUUGAUACUGAGCUGAAACAAGUUGUAGAUCAGAAAAAUAAGUUGAUCCUAAAAAAAGAAGGCAAUACAAUGAAAAUUAUGAAGCUCGAAAGACAAAUACAAGAAAUAAAGAACGAGAAUAAAAUGAUUCAGACAAAUAUUCAGCAACUAACUAAACAAAAGACUUUGCUUAAUACAAAGAAAACUAAAUUAGGAGUAUAACAAUAUAGUUUAAUUAUAUUUAAGCUAACGAUAAGGUAUAAGCAUAUUGUGAAUUGAUGUUCAAAACUUUGUUUGUAGAUUAGUUUGUAGAAGAAUUAUUUCAAACGAUAUUUCAUUCAAAUAAAGUCAAGUUCAAAUGCAUUGACAAGAAA